UAAUAUACUUUUUAACAUCGUUAGCUAGUUACCAAUCAAAUCUACAGAAAAAUAUAAUUAUUUAUUAUUUUACUAAUCGCAAGAAAGUUGUGUCCUGUGUACAAAAAUACUUUGUGAAAUAAAUCGCGUUGUAAUUUCUAUUAUAUCGAUUAGAAUAGGACAAUGAUUAAACUUUUUUCAUUGAAACAGCAAAAGAAAGAUGAAGAGGGUACAGCGAGAGCUGGUGGUUCACAAAAGAAAGCGUCGGCAGCUCAGCUGCGAAUUACAAAAGAUUUGAAUGAGCUGAAUUUACCCAAGACCUGCAGUACAGAGUUUCCAGAUCAAGAUGAUUUACUCAAUUUUAAACUGAUAAUAUGCCCUGAUGAGGGUUUCUAUCGAGGAGGCAGAUUUGUAUUUAGUUUUAAGGUAGGACCAAACUAUCCUCACGAACCUCCCAAGGUGAAAUGUGAGACUGCCGUAUACCAUCCUAACAUAGACCUUGAAGGAAAUGUCUGCCUCAACAUACUAAGGGAAGACUGGAAACCAGUGCUGACAGUCAACUCCAUAGUCUAUGGACUGCAAUACUUAUUCCUGGAACCCAAUCCAGAGGACCCACUGAACAAGGAGGCGGCAGACGAGCUGCAGAGCAACAGGCGGUUGUUCGAGCAGCACGUGCAGCGCGCCAUGCGGGGCGGCUACGUCGGCUCCUCCUACUUCGAGCGCUGCCUCAAGUGACCCACGAACCAGCUGUGAACACCCUCAACAAAGCAUUUUUUAUUUCUUUAGAAAAUUACAUCACGCUAUAUUAUCACAUAGGUCAGUGUUUUAGCUAAACCGGUCUUAUGAAUGCAAAUAAACUUGACAUGUAUAAUUUGAAAUACUCGUGGCGCUGUAGCUGCAUGCUUUUUACGCUUUUUAAUUUGACUUCAGUGUUUAUACAGAUGAUAAAAUUAAAUUAUUACUUAAACAAUAGAUUGCUAGCACAAAAUGUUGAUUCUCGCUCGCGCACCACAGACUAGAUAUUAUGUACCUAACUAGCAUGACCGCGUUUGUGUCCUUUGGCGAGCAAUCUUCUCUAACUGACGAGUAUGAACGAAAGUGCAAGAGGGACAAAUGCCUUAUGUCGGCCAUAAACUCGAUCAUGCCAUCCUCGCACGUAUCAUACCGAUAAGAUUUUGUGGAACCGUUUUAAUGGAACAGAUGACUCUACACAGAACUGUAAUUGUGGACUGUAAAUCGUUAGCAGACAAAAUCUUAUUGGCAUCCGUAUAUAACCCUCUAUAAGAGUGCAGUUGUCUGUGGUUAUAGAAAGACCGACAUUGUUUGUCGCGAAUCUAGGCGUACGCAAUUAAUUGUUUUAGCCAUGGAAAAGUUUGGGCACCAAGUGGGAAGAGCGAUUUUUUUUUGCCUUUUAGAGAUGAAUUGGGUGCCUGCCUCAGUGUACAUAAAGAACUAAAUAUUACAUCUAGUUUAUUUUAUUAUUAUUUUGGAAUGAAGCACCUUGGUGCACUCGCCUCUGCAGUGUUUUAUAAUAAACUCUGAAUAAGAAAACUGCCCUUUGGUUUCUAAAUUAUGAUAGUUAUAUAUAAAAUGUCAGGGUUCAACUGCUACUUCGCUAGGUACAGUCAGCGUUAUAUAGUAGGUAGCAUCCAAAGUAUUCAAAUACAAAUCAUAUGGUGUACCGAACUAUUUGAAUACUUUGGUUGCUACCUACUAUAUGACGCUGACUGCUUUUGAGAAAACUAGCAGCAGUUUGCUUGAUUGGGUUCUGUAAAAUACUCUGUAAAUUACUACAUAAUUGAUUAUUAUCUACUUUUUCGGUUAGACGUGUACCGGUGGAUUCAUCAAAUCUGGCGGGAGAAAAAUAGAGACAAUUACUGAUGUAACAGCAUGUAUACGAUCUCAAAAUUCUAACCCGUAUUUAUGUAAGUUGCGGGGCCAAUUACCUACAAGUAAGAGGACGGAGGCACUUUUUUCUGCGUUUAUACACUCAUGUUCUCUAUUCGCUACGCCACUUGUACGAGUGUGCAAAUAAAUACGGAGUUAUGCACUUAAUGUACCAGUUAUCAUAAUCACUAUGUAUUUUUAGGAAUCGAUUUCGAUUUUGCUUGUUCAUCGAUUUAUCAAAGCUGGUAUAAAUAUUUGAAGUAAGGUGCAUGUGAAUUAUAAUCCAUCAAGUACACCUUAAAACUGAAAGUCUGUCCAUUUUCAGACGUGCAAGAUAUGGAUACCUACAUUUUUCUAGCAUAGCAUUUUGAUAAAAGAACGUGUCCAUUUAACUUUGAGGUCUGAAAAUGUGUAUGACGUCCUAUACACCGACGUAUUGUUAUACCGCCUAAAAGCCGGCCAUUAACGUUUCCUACAUCAAUAAUGCUAUUCACUUGUCUAGACCAAAAAUAUUAUACUAUUUCUCGAUUAUAAUAAUGUACGGUUGUAACCUUUGGUUGUAACUCUAGUUGUCUCUUUAGAUUUGAGUUAUAUGUAUUUGUUUCUAGACAACUUGACAUUGGAUUUUUAAUAAAAAGUUCAAUAGAAAGUGCUGAAGGGUACACUGACGAGACGAUUGCUGCUCAUUUUAAGUAAAUAUGUUGUGAACUGCAAAUCCAACUAAGAAAUAUAAUACUUUUUAAGAUUUUAAUGUAACGUCAUGAAUGUUUUGUAUAAUUUUGUAAUCAUAAUUCAAUAGAAAUCACUUUUUCCAAUAGGAUUUAUCCCAAGCUUUAUGUGUUUUCUUUUUUGUUUGUAACGAUAAUCCUUUCAAAUAACUGCUAUUAAUAAAAUACCUAACUAAAUGUGAACAGCAAAAAUAUAAGUACAUAGUAAAUGUUUCGGUCUGUAAAGUAUAUGUAUAUUAAGAUUACUUUUGAGAAUAAACUGUGAAACAUAUAGUUGUAUUUAUUAGCAAUGCA